AUGAAUCUUGCUAGUGCGGAACUUCUGGCCACCUUUGAAAAGAGAAGGAACAUCCCGUUCCCCCCUUGGGUCAACCUAAAGGGCGACAGGACACCUUCCACGGCGGGUCAGGGUGGAAAACGAGCUCUCGAUGAGGGAGCCCUCCGCCCGCCUCCCAAGAAGCCACAAGUCUUGACUUCUACCUCUUCCUCUGGCAGGGAAAACACCCCUGCCACCGCCGCGGCUCCUCCUGGUCCGAAAGAGAUUUUCAAAGCGGCUCCGCUCGGCGGUCCUCCCAAUGUGACUCCAGCUUCUUCACCCACUACCCGGGGCAAUCCUGUCAGUGAAUCACUCCCUGAGGGGAAGGUGGCCCCACCACUCUCUUGUCAGAGCUCGGUACCAACCGCUAUCUCGCCGCCGCCACCACCCUUGGGACACAACUUGCCCUCGCCCCUAAGCUCUGUAAAUCGGUGA